AUGGUGCCGCUCUCACUUAUCGUCUUAGCCUGCGCCAUCUGCUGCUUUUCGGUGACCGCGGAUGUGUUAAGGGCAGAGGCGUGGCUCCAGCAAUAUGGCUACCUACCUCCCGGUGACGUCAGAGCACAGGCUCUGCGUUCGCCGCAGUCUGUCGAGACGGCUAUUGCGGCAAUGCAGCGUUUCUACGGUUUGACCGUCACGGGCUCGAUAGACGCCGACACGUUACAGGCGAUGAGCCGUCCGCGGUGCGGCGUUCCAGACAAAUUUGGACCGGCGCUCAAAAGCAACCUGAGGAGGAAGCGCUAUGCGGUGCAGGGAUUGAAGUGGGACAAAUCUGAGGUGACUUACAGUAUUCAGAACUACACGCCAAAAGUUGGUGAACACGCGACCUAUGAAGCCAUCCGCAAGGCAUUCAAAGUGUGGGAGAGUGCCAUCCCUAUUACCUUCAGAGAGAUCCCGUACAGUCACAUCCGGGGCAAGGUGGACAAGUACGCGGACAUCAUGCUGUCCUUCGCUGAGGGCUUCCACGGUGACAGUACGCCAUUUGAUGGCGAGGGCGGCUUCCUGGCUCACGCCUACUUCCCCGGUCAGGGGAUCGGGGGAGACACGCACUUUGACCUCGCCGAGCCUUGGACCAGCGGGAACGUGGACCAGGGUGGGAACGAUGUUUUCCUGGUAGCAGUCCACGAGUUGGGUCACGCUUUGGGUUUGGAGCACUCCAACAACCCGUCUGCCAUCAUGGCCCCCUUCUACCAGUGGAUGGACACGGAAAACUUCCAGCUUCCGGACGAUGACCGCAGAGGAAUCCAAGCCAUUUACGGUACCAAGACUGGAGCUCCUCCACCUCCACCUAGACCUACCAAGUCCUCCCGUCCCAAUAGACCAGAAAACGGCCCAGAUAUCUGCGAGGGACAUUUUGACACAAUCGCCAUUCUCAGAGGAGAGAAAUUCGUCUUUAAGGACAACUGGUUUUGGCGUGUACGCAACAACAAAGUGCUUCCGGGCUACCCCAUGGCCAUUAGCCACUUCUGGAAAGGUCUUCCUUCCAACAUCAAUGCCGCGUACGAGCGAGACGACGGGAAAUUCAUCUUCUUUAAGGGUGACAAGUACUGGGUGUUCAGCGAAGCCACCAUGGAGAAGGAUUCACCGAAGAACCUCAAAGACAUCGGGACCGGUCUGCCUAAAGACAAAAUGGAUGCAGCUCUCUUCUACACCCCCACGGGACAAACAUACUUCUUCAGAGGCACUAAGUACUACCGCUUCAACGAAAGGACUCGCACGGUUGAUACUGGUUAUCCCAAGCCGAUCAGCACGUGGAGCGGCGCGCCAGACAACAUCAAAGCCGCCAUCAUGAGCGAGGAUGGAUCUUACACGUACUUCUACAAAGCCAACAAGUAUUGGAAGUUCAACAACCAGUACAUGAAGGUGGAGUCCGGAUACCCCAAAUCCGUGCUGAGUGACUGGAUGGGCUGCGAGGGCGACGAGCCCAAGAAGGGUCGCGAAGAGGUGAUCAUCCUAGAGGUGGACGAAGCCGAGGGCGGCAUCGGACCGGUUGCCGUAGUGAUCCCGCUCCUCCUUUUAAUUCUUGUGGUGAUCACCCUGGGGGCGCUACUCUUCUUCAGAAAGUACGGCACGCCUCGGCGCCUCCUUUACUGCCAGAGAUCACUUCUGGACAAGGUUUAG